AUGUGUUGGAUUGUAAUGAAACUUUGCACAUACAAUGAAAUGAGUUAUAUCUAUGCAUGUAAUUAGUUUAGCUCCAGCUUAUAAAAUCAAUGAAAUAGAGUAUAAACAAGGUUUGCAUAAAAUGCUUAAAUUCAAUGUAUUUUUAAACUGUGGUAUCUGAAGUAAGUUAACCAAAAACAAGAUGGAGUAAAGACCUCAAAGAAAAAAUAGGAAAAAACUGGAAAGAAAUGGCAAUAGAUAGACAAAAAUGGAAGAAAAUGUUGGACAAAUACCUAAAUAUAAUAAAAAAAGGCGAUUUGAAAGAGGGCUAGGUCAAAAGACCUUACGAACAUGCUUAUAAAAAUCCAAAUAUAAUAACUAAUUGUUAAAUAAAAUGUCAACAGUUCAUAUAAUAAAGGCUUAAUAAUAAUAAUCUGAAGUUACAUAAACUAAUUACAGACAUGGAUAAACCUUAUCCUAUUAUUUAUGCAGCAAAAGAAACUAGUGAAUUGUGCUCCAGUAAUAUUACAAUGUGGAAAAUACCACAGUCAUAGUGAAGAGAGGCGAGGCUUCAGAAAAAAACUUGCUAUAGUGUUAUUUGGAUCUGUACUUGUUGGAAAAGCUCUAGCUGAUGAUGCCAUAAAAUUACAAAAUAACAUCAGUGAGAAACCUGCAAAAAAAAAUAGCAGUGAGGAUAACGAUGGAGGAACUGAGGCAGGGGCUAAGAAACCAGGCUUACCCUUGUACAGUGCAGAAGAAGUCAGCAAGCAUGAUUCCACUGACAGCUUUUGGGUGACAUACAAACACGGCGUAUAUGACGUCACGACAUUCCUCCCCUCCCACCCGGGCGGGGAGCAGAUCCUCAACGCAGCUGGCCUUAGUAUAGAACCCUUCUGGAACGUCUACGGGAUGCAUAAAACUAAGGAGAUAUAUACUCUGCUGGAGUCAUAUAGGAUAGGUAAUCUUCAAGACGAAGACGUAGUGGACCACACGGACGACGAGAUGUGGGUAAAGGAGCCCGUACGAGACCGCAGACUCAUCAUCAAGACAGCCAAGCCGUUCAACGCCGAGAUACCCAUGAAACUGCAGGUGGAACACUUCGACACACCCAAUGAGCUAUUCUACGUCCGUCAACACAUGCCGGUACCCGAAGUGAAGGCUGAGUCGCACACGCUCCGCAUCAACAUCGCGGGCCGCGACGAUUCAGUCGCUUUCACACUACAGGACCUGGCCAAGUUCCGGCAGGCGAGCGUGCGGGCCGCGCUUAUGUGCGCGGGGAAUAGGCGGAGCGAGAUGAAUAAGCAGGUGAAGCCAGUGAAAGGUCUGAGUUGGCAGGGCGGCGCCAUCAGCAAUGCUGUCUGGAGUGGCGUGUACUUGCGCGACGUGCUUAAACACUGCGGCGUGGAUAUGGAGGACACGCAAGGGAAGCAUAUCAUAUUCACAGGUUCAGACAUAGAUGCGACCGGCCACAACUUCAGCACGUCCAUCCCUCUCCACAUGGCCGUCGACCCCAGCUCGCGUAUAUUGCUGGCUACACACAUGAACGGCUCCGUGUUACCGCCGGACCACGGGUACCCGCUGCGGGUGGUCGUGCCCGGCGCGCCCGCGGUGCGCAGCGUCAAGUGGCUUGAAUCGAUAACGAUAGGCGACGACGAGAGCUCAUCUCACUGGCACAAGCAAGACUACCGCGCCUUUAACCCCUCCAAGACUUGGGAGACCGCGGACUUCGCCACCGCGCCACCUGUUUAUAGUCUACCGGUGACGUCGGCUAUAUGCGACCCGACGGAUGGAGAGAUGGUCAAAAUGAAGGAUGGCUGCAUAGAAAUCAGAGGGUACGCAUACUCCGGCGGUGGCGCGAAAAUUCUCCGCGUAGACUUAAGCACGGACCGAGGCCAAUCAUGGGAGGAGGCCGAAUGUACGACGAGCGACGACGCGCCGCCGUACCACUACUCCUGGGCGCUGUGGACGGCGCGACUUCCAGCUAAGAGGGGAGAGAUGGAGCUAUGGGUAAAAGCGACCGACAGCAAUUUCAACACACAGCCAGAAAAAUUCGACGAUAUUUGGAACAUCCGCGGCAUACUCAGCAACGCCUACCAUAAAAUUAAGAUACACGUAGACUGAUGAUUACUCCCCUUAACGUAUCAUACAAGAGUCCAUACCCUACCCUACCUAAAGAUAAUUCAUAAUAAUUAUAUUAUGGUAAUUUAAGCGUUGUGUUAAGGAAUAUAUUUCCUACAAUUAUUUUUAAUUUUUUUUCAAAGUGAUAGAGCUCAAUUUAGCGUAAUAUCUGACACCUUCAUGCUCGUUAGCGUUAAAUGUUUAAAUACCAUUGAUAAAGACAGACAGACAACAUAAUACGUUUGAGAGAAGCUUUUAUUGCGUCUGUUAAUCAGAAUCGAGGGCAAGGCAGCUAUUAUUAAUUUAUUGCUCAUCCUUAUAAGUACAUAGGUAUCAUGAUAACUUAUUUAAUUUAUGAUUAAAACAUGUCAUAAUAAUACAAUGCAUAAUUACGAGGUUACGAUGGCCUCAGUGUCGAGCAUCUGCGCUAUGCUGGUCAACAUAUAACACGAGUGCUGGCGAUGUUCUUUUCUCUAUGUAUUGCACAUUCCUAUCUGCCUCCGGAUUUAAUUAAAACGAUAGUUGUACCAGUUGUAAAAAAUAAAACCGGAGACUUAUCAGAUAAGUGCAACUAUAGACCGAUAUCACUUGCGACCAUUGUUGCAAAAGUGCUUGACAGUGUGCUUAAUGCUCAGUUAAACAAAGUACUCUUGCUGCACGAUAACCAGUUUGGGUUCAGACCCGGACUUUCGACUGAAAGUGCAAUUUUGACCCUUAAGCACACUGUUGCGUACUAUGUUACUAGAAACACGCCGGUCUAUGCAUGCUACCUAGACCUGUCGAAGGCAUUUGAUCUGGUUUCCUACGAUCUACUAUGGAAAAAACUUGAAUCAGUAAACCUACCUCAGGAACUCAUCUUUUUAUUCAGACAUUGGUAUGGAAACCAGAUCAACUAUGUUCGUUGGGCUGGUACGCUAUCGGACUCAUAUGGCAUGGAAUGCGGUGUGAGGCAGGGGGGAUUGAGCUCGCCAGCGCUGUUCAACCUGUACAUAAAUGAGUUGAUUGUCGCGCUCUGCAGCAUGCAUAUAGGAUGUCACGUAGAUGGCGUUAAUGUUAACAAUUUGAGUUAUGCCGACGAUAUGGUGCUGCUGAGCGCGUCAAUCUGCGGUAUGAGAAGAUUGCUGCAGGUUUGUGAGGACUAUGCGCAAGCGCACGGGCUGAGAUAUAAUGUCAGCAAAAGUCAGUACAUGGUCUUUGGGGUUGGUGCUAUUCUACCAUCUGAAGUACCACCCAUUCGUUUGAACUCGGUGGAUCUCGAAAGAGUGUUCAAAUAUAAAUACCUAGGGCAUAUACUCACCACCGACCUCAAGGACAAUGCUGACAUUGAACGUGAACGUAGGGCCUUGUCGAUAAGAGCUAAUAUGAUUGCCCGACGGUUUGCACGUUGCUCUAUUGACAGUAAAAUAACCCUGUUCAGGGCUUUUUGUACCACUUUUUACACGUGCAGCCUGUGGAGCAAAUUUACAAAAAAAUCGUACAAGGCCCUACAAAUUCAAUAUAAUAAUGCGUUCCGGGUGUUGAUGGGGCUGCCGCGCUUUUGCAGUGCGUCACAGAUGUUCGCUGACGCGCACGUAACAUGCUUCAAAGCAGCAAUGCGCCUGCGAGCCGCAUCGCUGGUACGGCGCGUGCGCGCCAGCCCCAACACCAUCCUAACUAUGAUUGCGGAUAGGAUCGACUGUCCGUACAUAAUGCAUUGUUGCGGGCUUCAUAAGCCCAGUAACGGUGAAUGGUUAGGAUUUUAGUUAAGAUAUUUAUUGUUACUAACAUAGUUUUUAAGUUUUAUUGUACAUAACUAACAUUUUAUGAGCCACAUGCGCUUGAAAUAAACGGUAAUUUAAUUUAAUAAUUUUUUAAUAAUCAUGUUUGAACAAAAAUGGUUGUUUAGUGGUUGUAAUGUUCUUGAGUACAAUUUUUUUUCAACUCUAGGUACAUGUAUAUAAUACAAAUAUUUAGAUCAAUAUAUGUUCGUUUAUUUAA